AGAUAAUUUGCUGACAAAUCUUAGUGGAACUCAGCGUCAAGUCCCACUGUGCAACACAAUUUUUCAAUCUGAAAGAAGGCAAUAGAUCUGCAGAAGAAUGAGUGGCGCUCUUCCAAGUUUAUUUCUUUCAAUCGAAACUUCUCAACCCCACCUUGUUUCUGGUGCUUCUUUGAAUCCACCUCGUAAAUGCUGUUUGAACACUACCCCAAGUGAUCUAUGCGGGAAAGUGCUAAUUUCUAAGCAUAAAAGGACUCUUACAGUUAGAGCAGUUGGGGAUGAUAGAAGACAAAAUAUUGCAAGUAUCUUCGUUGGUGGCUUUAUAUUGGGAGGAAUAGUUGUUGGGACAUUAGGCUGUAUAUAUGCUCCCCAGAUAAGUGAGGCACUAGCUGGAGCUGAUAGAAAAAAAUUUAUGAGAAGGCUUCCAAAAUUCAUAUAUGAUGAAGAGAAAGCUUUGGAGAAGACCCGCAAAGUACUGACUCUGAAGAUUGAGCAGCUGAAUUCAGCAAUAGAUGAUCUUUCAGCUCAGUUACAUGCAAAUGAUACCCCAAAUGGAUCUGCUGUCAACUCAGAUGAAGUUGAAGCUUCCUUGUGAUAAACCAUCUUUGGUAUUUCGAAAUAAACAGUCAACUUGUAUGCAUGAACUUUAGCACAAAGAGAAUAUUGUAAAAAAUACCUAUAUGUAUAUAUGCUCGUAUAUAAUAAGCUCUUACUCUGUUGCCACGUA